CUUCCAGCGGCGCGUGUUCCUGCUGCUGUGCCUGACCGGCGUCACCUUCGCCUUCCUGUUCGUCGGCGUGGUCUUCCUAGGCAGCCAGCCCGACCACUACUGGUGCCGCGGGCCGAGCGCCGCGGCGCUGGCCGAGCGCUGCGGCUGGAGCCCGGAGGAGGAGUGGAACCGCACGGCGCCCGCCCUCCGCGGCCCCGCGCCCUCCGAGCGCCGCGGCGACGGCAGCUGCCAGCGCUACCUCCUGGAGGCGGCCAACGCCAGCGCCGCCGCGGGGGCGCUCAGCUGCGCAGACCCGCUCGCCGCCUUCCCCAACCGCUCCGCGCCCCUCGUGCCGUGCCGCGGCGGCUGGCGCUACGCCCAGGCCCACUCCACCAUCAUCAGCGAGUUUGACCUUGUCUGCGUCAAUGCAUGGAUGUUGGACCUCACCCAAGCCAUCUUAAACCUUGGCUUCCUGGCUGGGGCAUUCACCUUAGGCUAUGCAGCAGACAGGUAUGGCAGAAUACUCAUUUACUUAAUAUCCUGCUUCGGCGUGGGCGUCACUGGUGUUGUGGUAGCAUUUGCACCAAAUUUCCCUGUGUUUGUGAUCUUCCGCUUCCUGCAAGGUGUGUUUGGAAAGGGGACGUGGAUGACUUCCUAUGUGAUCGUGACAGAAAUAGUAGGUUCAAAACAAAGGAGGAUUGUGGGAAUAGUGAUUCAAAUGUUCUUCACCCUUGGAAUCAUAAUUCUCCCUGGAAUUGCCUACUUUAUCCCCAAUUGGCAAGGGAUCCAGCUAGCCAUUACGCUGCCCAACUUUCUCUUCCUCCUUUAUUACUGGGUGGUCCCUGAAUCUCCCCGCUGGCUGAUCACUCGGAAAGAAGGAGACAAAGCCUUAAAAAUCCUGAGGAACAUUGCUAAAUGCAAUGGGAAAUAUCUCUCACCAAAUUAUUCAGAGAUCACCGUUACCGACGAGGAAGUUAGUAACCCGUCCUUUCUAGAUCUGGUGAGAACUCCCCAGAUGAGGAAGUGCACACUUAUACUCAUGUUUGCUUGGUUCACCAGCGCCGUGGUGUAUCAGGGACUGGUCAUGCGCCUGGGUAUCAUCGGCGGCAACCUCUACAUAGAUUUCUUCAUCUCGGGAGUGGUGGAACUGCCAGGGGCUCUCUUGAUCUUGCUGACCAUCGAGCGCUUUGGACGCCGCCUCCCCUUCGCAGCGAGCAAUGUAGUGGCGGGGGUUGCGUGCCUGGUCACCUCGUUCUUACCGGAAGGGACGGCAUGGUUGAGGACCACCGUGGCUACCCUGGGACGACUAGGGAUAACGAUGGCCUUUGAAAUAGUUUAUUUGGUGAAUUCAGAAUUGUACCCAACAACAUUACGAAACUUUGGGGUUUCGCUCUGUUCGGGUUUGUGUGAUUUUGGGGGAAUCAUAGCCCCAUUUCUGCUCUUCCGACUGGCAGCCGUGUGGCUGGAGCUACCUCUGAUCAUCUUCGGUGUCCUGGCGUCGGUCUGUGGUGGCCUCGUGAUGCUUUUGCCUGAAACCAAGGGCAUUGCCUUGCCAGAGACAGUGGACGAUGUGGAGAGACUUGGCAGGAAAAAGAAGACCCAGGUGUCCAGCGCUCACCUUUGAGGGCCCUGCAAAGCCUGCAGGAAGGAGCUGUCAGAAGACCACCCUCCUGGAGACUCGGAGCCUCUAGAGAUGCACCUGCGUGUUCAGCUCCCUGGUGCGGCACGAUCCGGUGUACUGGGUGCCAUAUGAAUAUGUUCAAACUAUCCAAAGUAUUUUUAUAUGAUGUUGGAUGAGUUAGGGUUUAUCAUGCUUUCAAAGUUUCUGGAAACAUGUACUAUGUGGCCCAUUUAGCCAAGAGCUGCUAGGUACACAGUACUUUUUGUUUUUUAUUUUUUCCUGAUGUUGGAGCAGCGGUCCCUGACUCUUACUGUUGAAGAGAAACAAGAGAAGCCUCUACCACCGAUUCUUAUAAUAGCUCCAUCAAAAAUUCAGGAUGAGCUGGACAUGAAGGUACUUGUCUGCAAUCCCAACAACUUGGGAGGCUGAGGCAGGAGGAUCACACAUUCAAGGGCAGCCUCAGCAACUUAGUGAGAUUCUGUCUCCAAAUAAAAUUAGAAAAUAGGGCUGGGGACAUAGCUCAGAGGUAAAGCACCCCUGGGUUAAAUCCCUAGUACCACACACCAAAUGCAGUCUGUGCAAACCAAGGAUCUAGGAAAGUUGUACAGAAAUGUGUUCGUGAAAUCCCACGAAGGGAUGUAGCACCAAACUGAGUGUUCUGAGAGCAGGGAGGAGGAGGAUGUGGGGAUCCUCUCAACGAAGAGACUAGACUGAGGACUCGGGCCACACGGGGCCCAGCCUACGCCGUCUCUGUUCGCUGACGUUCCAGAAGCCAUCCCAGCAUGGACAGGUCAGCCGUCCCUCCUGUCCACCUCCUCUGCAGCAUCUAAGGUUCCAGGCACAGUUAGGCCUCAUUCCAUAAUAAGAACAGAUCCUCUGGACAAUUUGGGGUUUGGCUCUAUUAGUUAUAAAAUCAGGUUUGGGUCCUGAGAUCACUCAGGAUAUCUUUGGUCCUCCUUUAGUGGAACCUGGAGCCACAGAUUUGUUCUUUAUUCAACAAAACCCGUGGGUUAUGAGUCCCGGGGUCUUAGGGUUCUAAAAGUGAGGAGAUACGUAUGUUGCACCUGUGGGUUCACUUGUGACGGUGCCUGUGGUAGAGGGCGGAACCCACAGACAGUCCUCCUUUCACCUUGGCACUCUGGGCUUGUCCCGGGGAAGGCUUACGUUUUCAUUAAAGGAAAGGUCAUGCUAAAAAGAAUUAGCAGCAGCUUUUUAUAAAUGACUUUAUACUUAUUAAUAAGGGAUUUGAACUUUCUUUUCUGUUAUCCAGACUUUUGAAACCAGGAACUUAAAAAAGAAAUAUAGUGUUCUGCUUUGUGUGCUCCAUCUGUUAUACUUUCGGAGUCAAUAUCUAUCAUAUGCCAGAUUUCUUUCAGGAGAAACUUUGUGUGCACGGGUAAAGUGGGUACCAAAGGGAAACCUUGCCAAUGAAGAAGAACAUUUCUCUGUGUGGACAUACACACGUGUGAUAGCACGUAAGAUGUGUGUGCUAAUUCCAGAAUAAACUCCUUAAUCCUUAAAGCACAAUCAGAAUUGAAUACGAACGCUCACACUCAACCAUGAUGUCACCACAGCCUUAUGAGAACGUGAUAAUGCAUUCACCCCGCGCUCAUGGACAUUUGUGCUUUUAAUUUUUUUUUUGGCACCUCUUUGCUGUAAGAUGGCUGUUGCUUUUUGAUACCAUCACCACCUAGUUGUAUCUGGAGGUGAUAUUUUUGUUUGGCAACAAUAAAAAAUUUUAAAUUGUUUCAAGAA